ACUUCGCUGGGUCGGAGCAUCUCGGCGCUGGUCUGUAGGAACAGUGCAAAGAUUGAGUUCAUUUACUAUUUUCCCAAAACUGAUGACUUUCAGUUGAUAUUAAAACACUAAAGGAACCGGUGGACGCGCUCGUCUCCUGCUGUUAAGCAUCUCUGUACAGUAAGAUGGAUAUGUCACAUUCACAUCACCAUGUCGAGGACACAACCAUGCCGUCUUCUAUCUCAGACGAUCAUGGGGGUCAUUUAACGACCACUGGCAAUGGCCACGGAGAUCACAUGAUGAUGAUGCAAAUGACCUUCUACUUCGGCUACAAAAAUGUGGAGCUGCUUUUUGCUGGGCUGGUCAUCAACACACCAGGAGAGAUGGCCGGCGCAUGCAUUGGCGUGUUCUUGUUGGCUGUGUUGUACGAGGGUCUGAAGAUUGGUCGGGAGGUCCUGUUGAGAAGGAAUCAAGUGAACGUGCGCUACAACUCCAUGCCCGUCCCAGGAUCUGAUGGCACCGUACUCAUGGAGACACACAAAACAGUCGGCCAGCGAAUGCUUAGUAUGGCCCACUUCUUACAGACGCUUCUUCACAUCAUCCAAGUGGUGGUCAGUUACUUCCUCAUGCUGGUGUUCAUGACGUACAACGGUUACCUUUGCAUCGCGGUGGCGGCUGGAGCAGGCCUUGGCUACUUUCUGUUCAGCUGGAAGAAGGCAGUAGUGGUGGAUAUUACAGAACACUGUCAUUAACCUCUCGUGUAUAACCUCAAAAAGAAAAAAAAAUGCCCACUGUACAAUCCCAACAUGCAUCACAGCAAGUGUAGAGCCACCAUAUGAUUUCAUUCAUCUUGGUAAAUAUUUGCCAAGUAGCAAUUUUAAGAUUUAUUUUGAUUGGUUUACACAAGUUAGCACCAUAUCUCAUUUCCUGACGGUGUUUUGGUCAUUUAAUUUAGGAAAAUAUGAGUGAGGUCAUAUUUGUGAAGCUUUGUCUAUUGUUAAUAGUGUAGUAGUGUAUAUUAAACACAGCUAACACAGAACUGAACAUUGCUUAGUGACACAAAUUAAGAUGAUACAUUUUUGACCAAUCAUGACAAUUAAACUCAAAAUUUCACCAAAUACCAAUUCAAACUCUAGUCAUUUUAAUAUGAAUCCAUGCAACCGUUAUUUUCGCAAAGUGCACAAUUAUCGCGCCAAUUAACAAGGUUUCCAAAUUUACCACAUUAAGUUUGUGUAAAAUUCCAAACCAUGAAAAUUUUGAUUUCAUCACAUUUAUUACCGUUUACUGAAUUUUCACACCAUCAUCAGUUUUGCACAAAUGUUAAAGAUUUCUCUACUCAUUUAUCGCAACGAUUUACGAGGUUUCCAAAUUAAUUGAUAACAAAAUUCUCAUGACGUUCGAGAAAACUAAAAAGCUCGUGUUUGGAAAAGACGUCACAUUUAUCAAUAUUCAUUGAAUUUGUACUGACAAACUCUAGCCGUUUUAAUGUACGCCAUCAUCAGUUUUGUACAAAUGCGAAAGAUUUCUCUACUCCUUUAGCUCAACAAUUUACGAGGUUUCCAAAUAAACUGAUAACUGAAUUCCCGUUUUUACAUUUGUGAAAAUUAAAAAGCUCAAAUUUGGAAAAGACGUCACAUUUAUCAACGUUCACUCAAGUUUUAUAGACAAACUCUAGACAUAUUAAUGUACGCAAUCAGCAUUUGUGUGCAAAUGCGAAAGAUUUUCCAACACAUUUUUGUAAACGUUUCCAAGUUUCAAAAGAAAGUAGAUUGGAUUCCUGUAAGUUUCCCAGUUCUAAAAAUUUCAAUAAAAUUAAUUUGUGAAAGAUUUCACUUAAUUUUCGGAGACAAACUCAUUUUAAUGGGAAUCCACACAAUUUUGCAAAGUGCUAACGAUUUCCCUUAACUUUUAUUGCAAGUGGGUCAGUUAACUGUUGCGUCAGUUGACAAGGUUUCCAAAAUAAAUAAUUAGAAGGUAAUUGGAUUUGAGUGAAAUUUCAACAAAUCACAUUAGGGUUAGGUUUAUUUACCAUUCGCCAAAUUUUCACGCCAUCAUCAGUUUUGCACAAAUGCGAAAGAUUUCGCUACAAAUUUAUCGCAACGAUUUACGAGGUUUCCAAAUUAACUGAUAAUUACAUUUUCAUGACAUUCGUAAAAAUGAAGAGCCUCAAAUGACAAGACACCUAUCACUAGUCAUUGAAUUAACAAUGACAAACACUACCCGUUUUAAUGUACGUGAUCAGCAUUUCUGCGCAAAUGUGAAAGAUUUUUCAACCCAUUAUUGUAACCGUUUCCAAAAUGCAAAAGAAAGUAGAAUAGAUUCCCAGAAAUUUUCCCAGUCUUAAAAAAUUCAAUCCAAUUCAUUUGUGAAAGAUUUCACUUAAUUUUCGCAGAAAAACUCAUUUUUAUGGGAAUCUACAAUUUCGCAAAGUGCUAAUGAUUUCCCAGUACAUUUAUUGCAACAAUUUACAAGGUAAAUGGCAAACUAUUAUGUUUAUUGGACUCUUGAUAAAUUCCCAAUUUUGAAAAUUUAGGUGCCAAUAUUGGCUGAAUUUCCAAUGAAUUCCGCUGAAUUUUCAGACAAACUUUCGCAAUCAAUUUUAGGCAAAUGCAGUUGCAUUUUUUUAACAUUUUCCUGCUGCAAAUUAGCCAAAAGAAAGUAGAUAAAAUUACUGUAAUUUUUCCAGUCUUGAAAAUUUUCAAUCCAAUUAAUUUGAGAAAGAUUUCACUUUUCAAGGAUUUCAGUUUUUUGCAGACAAACUCCUUUUAAUAGGAAUCCACACACUUUCGCAAAGUGCUAAUGAUUUCCCUUAACAUUUGUGAAAAUUUAGUCUUUUUAAAAAAAAGUUUGGUUUAUUGAACUCAUGUGAAAUUCCCAAUUUUGAAAAUUUAAAUAAAAAAUAUUAAGAAGAGUGAAUUUACUCAAUUUUCAAAGUUUUCUUAAAGUCAUAUUUAAAUUCACAAUCACCAAUUUUGAGCAAAUGCGAUUACAUUUUUGUAACAUUUUCAAGUUGCAAAUUGGCACAUAGAUUGUAGAUUGGAUUUCUGUAAUUUCCCAGUCUUGAAAAUUUCAAUCCAAUACAUUUGUGACGUAUUUACAUUGCAAACUGAAUUCUCAAGGACAAACUCAGUUUUUCGUAACUCUAAUUUUCGUAACAAUUGUCGGGCGAUUUGGUAAAAAGAACAAACAAGCUGCGCAGUCUUCAUCUCUACACUUCAGCCUGCCAGAUUUAAAACAUUAACAUCAUAAUCGUCACCUUAUCAGUCUACCUCCAGAUGGUACCAAGAGUCACGAGUGACCCUGUUCACUAUAAUCACAUCUGUUCUGCACAUCUCAUGGAUUAUUAUGUUUAUGAAGGUGCUUUUGGGUGCAACAGAGCCUUACUAAAACCCUUUGCCUUAAACAAGGGUACUGACACCCAGGAGGCCGACUCUGUAGACUCUAAAAGCCAAACUGGAUCUGCUGGACCCAGUAAACAAGCACUAGCGGUGGGAAGGUGUUUAAUUAAAUUUUUUUUUUGAGGUUGUUAUGGCCAAGUGUUUCAAAUCAAUGAAACGACAGUUAAUAAUCAGUGACCAUUGUUUAGACGUAAACACUGGACUGAAUGAUGUUUGCACAAGAAAGAGAGGUUUUGGGACUCUGUUUGCAGAGUUUGAAGUCGAACUUUGCUCCCGUUGGAGUGAUUUUAAAUAAAUAUUGAGAGGGUUGGCGAAAAAUAAAUUAUAUCUGAUGCCAGUGUCACCGAUUUCUUUUUAUAAUUUAUAUUUGUAACACUCUAGUAUGACUGUGUGUGAUAUCAAUGUGUUCUGGCAAUCUUUAUGUAGAUCCUUUUACGUUAUGACAUCUUUUAAAUGAGAAAUCGUGGUGCGUUUGCGAUGUCGGGUAAAUGAUGAGCUGUUUGGAACAUUAAGGUCAUCGGUCUGAUUGUUACUGGGUAGCAGAAUGUGAAUUUUAUGUUCAAUAUAUGCUCCUUUGUUGAAAGGGGUGCGCCUUUUACAUUCAUGACCCAAUUGAAGUGCCCAAAGAGUGUCUGAAUUGCUUGUGAAAACAAAAGCAGAGGCUUUCUUACAGAGAAAAUCACAUAUUUUAAACCAGUUAACAGGUUGGUUUUAGUAGAAAGCCUAUUUAAAAUACUUUUUCUUUAUUUUUUUAGUUACAAGCAGAACAAAGACGUGUGUAAUGUCAGAGGUAAAUAUUCACAUCAUGUUUUUGUAGCAGGUGCCACUUUAUAGAACUGUAUUUGAGGAUCGGUUUUACAUUGCGAGGCUUAUUCGUGUUGCAGAUUGCUUUCGAUAUCAGAAUGAGUUUGUGCUGUUUUAUGUGUGGGAAAAACGCUUGCCCUUGCGUUGAAGGACUGAACCUCAUUUCCAGUGUUGUGGCCGUGUUAACAUUUCUUAGUCUGUUUACAGUUCAGUCACGUCUGUAAUGUCCGACAUGUAAACCGUACUGUAAUCGUAAAAGAAAAUUAUAAAUAAAUGUUAUAUGAUUUCA